AUGCCCUACCAAUACGACCCGGAAUACCACCAGGCCAUCGAGCCCAUGCUGCCGGCCAUGGCCGCGGCGCCACAACACCCUCCUUACGAAGUCGCCCCGCGCCGCGCCGGCAUCGACGGCAUGUGGGCGGGCCUGAUGAAGAACUGGCCCGAAGUUGACGACGUCGAGGAGACGAUCUUCAAGGUCGCGUCAUUUGACGGCGUCGAGAUCAACGUCCACCGCUUUGCGAAAAAGGGCUCCGCUGCGACGCAGUCGGCGGCAGUCGUGUACACCCACGGCGGAGGGUAUUUCUGCCUCAGUGUCCCGCUUUACCGCAAGAUGAUCCAGAGUUACGUGACGCAGGGGGGCGUCCCGUUCUUCGCGGUCGAGUACCGGUCGCCGCCCGAGUAUCCCUUCCCAACGCCCAUCGAGGACUGCUACGCGGCGCUCAAGUGGGUUCACUCCCCCAAAGGUGCCGCGGAACUGGGUGUCGACCCCGCCCGGAUCGCCAUCAUGGGCGACUCGGCAGGUGGGGGACUCGCGGCCGGGGUGGCCAUCAUGGCGCGGGACAGGAAGCUCGACCCCCCGCUGGCCCGGCAGGUGCUCGUCAACGCCAUGCUCGACGACCGCAACAAGGGCCGCUACGAGGCCGCAGGGGGCCUCCACACCUGGACGCCCGACGACAACCUCACGGGCUGGGCUGCAUACAUCGGUCGCGAAAAGGCCGGCAACCCCACCGCCGACGUCUCGCCCUGGGCCGCCCCGGCGCGGGUCUCCUCCGUGGCGGACCUCCCACCCGUGUACAUCGACGUGCCGGACCUGGACAUCUUCAGGGACGAGAACAUCAAGUACGCGGCACGACACGCCGAGGCGGGCAUUCCGCUCGAGAUGCACGUCUAUCCCGGCCUGCCUCAUAGCUUCGAGUCAUUCGCGCCCAAGAUAUCGACGGCCAAGACGGCGGUGGCGAACAGGGUGAAAUUCAUCUCCAAGCUGUAA